GUCCUUUAUCAACACAGUCGAUACCGUUCGCCCGCAGGCCUCGGUGUUCUUUGGACGCUAAAAGCUCAGUAUUGAUCUACUCAGCAUUCAGUCGGAGGGGAACGGCUCCGCCGGUCACGUGGUCUGGAUGCUGCAACGUCACGGGGGCAGAUUCGCGAGGACGACGCAGACGGUGUGAAGAAGGAGACCCCGAGAGGUGCGACGUCGUCUGAGCCACCGCCGUGUGUGUGUUGGGUUAUUUUGUUCCGCUCCAGGAGAGAACAGAAGGUCUGUUCCACACUGCAGAGACGCCAAUGCCCGGUCCCACCCAAGCCCUGUCCCCAAAUGGAGAGAACAACAACGAGUUCGGCCAGGACAACGGAGCCAACAUCAUCCCCUACCGGAAGAAUACGGUCCGGGGAGAGCGCGCCUACAGCUGGGGGAUGGCGGUUAACGUGUACUCCACCUCCAUAACCCAGGAGACGAUGAGCAGGCAUGACAUCACGGCCUGGGUCAACGAUAUUCUCGCUCUCAACUACACAAAAGUGGAGCAGCUGUCUUCAGGAGCAGCCUACUGCCAGUUCAUGGAUCUGCUAUUCCCAGGCUGCAUCAGUCUUAAGAAGGUCAAGUUCCAAGCCAAGCUGGAGCACGAAUACAUUCACAACUUCAAAGUAUUACAAGCGUCGUUCAAAAGGGUGAAUGUGGACAAGAUUAUUCCCGUGGAGAAGCUGGUGAAGGGCCGAUUUCAGGAUAACCUUGACUUCAUCCAGUGGUUCAAAAAGUUCUUUGACGCCAACUACGAUGGUAAAGAGUACGACCCAGUUGCAGCUAGGCAGGGUCAGGAUGCUAUCCCGCCACCAGACCCCGGCGAGCAGAUCUUCAACUUGCCGAAGAAGUCCCCCCACGCUGCCAGCUCUCCGACCGCAGGAGCGUUGAGGUCUGCCUCUGCAAUCCCGAAGUCUUCAACACCAACAUCCAGACCCUCGUCAGCCAAAAAGAUACCUGCAUCUUCUGCAUCUGCAGCUCCAGCCAAAGGAGAGAAGGAGCUGGAGGCACAGGUCACUCUUCUAACUGAAAAUGUGAGCGAAUUAAGAGUUGCACUGGAGGGGAUGGAGCGGGAGCGGGACUACUACUUUGGGAAGCUGCGUGAAGUGGAGACGCUGUGCCAGGAGCAGGGCGAGGAGAAUGCAGCUUUGGUGGACAGGAUAAUGGAGAUCCUGUACAGCUCAGAAGACCAGGAGGGCGAAGGAGAUCUGGCCGAGGGGGACGGACAGAAAGCCUAUGAGGAGGAGGAGGAGCAAGACGAAUACUGACUGCCCCCCCGCAGUUGCACCCUCCGUUCUGUGAGGACUGAACAGGAUUUUCAUUUUCCCUCCGUAGUUCAUUUCUUGUUCUUUGGAAGACAGCACACAAGCCAGAGUAAGAGCACCGUCAACUUUUUAAAUCCCACAGCUCACUUUUGUGUUUUCGCUGUAGCAAGUUUGUGGUCAAGUCCUCCACCAGCAGACAAGCUCAGACCAUCAGAGAAGGCAGUGUGUGGCUGGCAAUCAGAUCUUUACAGUACAAUCCUACAGUAGAUGGAAGUCACCGCUGAAGGUUAGACGGCUUCGCUUCAGCCUGCGUGCUCGUGCAGGUGUUCAUGGUCCAGCUUCCACUCGAGUCAGUUCCAUUCAUCUUUGAAACAGUUACACAAAAUAGCUUCGUCCAACCUCGUGUACAUUGCACUGACAUUUGACUCCAUGCUGAACCACCUGUCUUCACCAUAUUUAUUUUUUAGCCAUGGAAAUUGAUUGUUUUCUUUCGUCCACCACAAGAAUGCUGUUGUGCUUCAUCGUUUAAUCACAUGUCUGAUUGUCUUUACAGAUACACACCAAUUUGCAUAUAGAUUUUAUGUGCAACCCCGCACCAUAGAAAUGGUCUAAAUUCUGCAGCGUGUAUAUUUUCAAAACCUCAGAACUUGUGGUUUAAUCAAUAUUAGUCUUGAGCGCCUGUUAAAACCACAACGGUGAGUUUAUAAUCCAGUAUAUUCCAGUCAAUAUACCCUUUCUAAAUGAUGAUUACUGCUGCAUCUACUAACACCGACCUGGGCAGUGCUCCGCUACGCUUCAGCCAUUCGUUAUUGUCCAACUGAAGAGGAAUGUAAACAUGUCUUGUCAUUGUUUUAUUGUGUCCCACUCAUGAUGCAUUCCCCCAAGAUGUGCGCAGCAUGUGUGCAUUUUAUUUGUGAAUAACUCGCCCCGCUUUUUAUUGCAUAUUUAAUAAUAAUUAAAAAAAAGAAGUAUGUUCAGUGCGCUUGUGUACGUUUAUAACCUGUUGUUGUUGUUUGAGAGUUGAGUCUUGGAUGGAUUUACUGCAAAUAAAAGGGUUUGAAACCA